AAUAGUUGUAACUAGGUAACAAAGUAAAAUAAAUGUAAAUAAAUAUUUGAUCAGAUUUAAUUCAAUUUGUCUAAAUUAAGUAUGAAUCUUGAAAAUGACCAUGAUAUAGCUGUUAGUAGUGAAAAAAUGAACAGGCUUGAUUUUGAAAGUGAAAUACCUUUUACAACGAUUGUUGAAAUGAAACGGGAACCCACCCUAGAACUCUCAAAACGUAAAAAUUCCAAGAGCUCUAAAAAGCAACCAGAAAUCAAUGUAACAGAAGAACCGUUUAAUUCAAUUAGUGAUAUAACGAAGGUCUGCCACAUAUGCUUCUGUUAUAGUAAUGAAUUUAUUUCUCUAGAAAGUGAUGAUCGAACACUAGCCAAUAUGUUUUCGUAUAUAACAUCGCUCGAAGUAUUGCCCAAUGAAAAGGUUACCUUUAAAAUAUGUGAAACAUGUCGCAACGAUGUCGUAUAUUGUUAUCAAUUCAAAAUUAAGUGUGAAAAAUCAUUUUUUAUACUUCAAGAACCACUUCAACUAGUAAAGAAAGAAUUAAAAAGUAUAAAUAAUAAAUCUAGAGUUACCAAGAACAUAGAGAAAGAAACACAGACUGAAGAAGUACAAUUACCACAAAUAGAUUGUCUGAGCAAUGUUUCUCUCAGUCAGACAGAAUGUAAAGAAGAACUUGAUGAUAGUGAAGAACAUGUGGAAUACUUAGACAGUGAUUACUUCGAUACAACUAGUUAUGAAAAAGAUAAUUUUGAUGCAAAGAACAUCCAAAUUGAAAUAAAACUGGAAGAUCCUAAUUGGGAGGAAAAUGUAAGACAAGACAAGGAACAAUUGGAAGGUAAAAAGCAAUCCAAAACCUAUUACAAUUGUGUUAUAUGUCAAAAGAACUUUCUGAAAGAGAAAACCUUGAAGGCUCAUAUCAAAUGUCAUAAAACAAAAAGUGACAAUUCAGUUAGUUGUGGAAAAUGUAAAGAAACAUUUGGAUCUGAACAUGAUUUGAAUGUUCAUUCAGCAUUGCAUACUAAGGGAAACAAGUGGACUUGUAAUAAAUGUUUGAAGGAAUUCGAAGACCGUACUCGUCUCCGCCGGCACAUUCGCCGUCACUUCGAGUGCAAGCGCUACACGUGUGACCGCUGCGACAAGCAGUUCGUGGAGCUGUGUGCGUUGCGGCGACAUACGCGUGUGCACACUGGCGAGCGCCGCGACCGACCACACAAGUGCGCGCUGUGUGAUAAGAGGUACGUGCACAAGAGCCAGCUCCAAGUACACAUGCUGUCCCACUCUGGCGUGCGGCCAUGCGAGUGCGACACGUGCGGCAAGGCCUUUCCAUCUCGCCGACUGCUGGCGUCGCACCGCCUCGUGCAUUCCGACCUUAAGCCAUAUGCGUGUAGCUAUUGUGAUAAACGUUUCCGUCACGAGUCGACCCGCAACACACACCACCGCACGCACACGGGCGAGAAGCCGUACGUGUGCUCUAUAUGCGGGAAGAUGUUCAUACAGAAUAGCAAUCUGACGCUGCAUAUGCGCACGCAUACCGGUGAAAAGCCAUAUUCGUGUGAGACAUGCGGGCGCAUGUUCAAGUCAAGCUCGUCGCUCAGUAACCACAUGCACACGCACACCGGGGAGAAACCGCGCGAAUGCCCCGUUUGUGGGAAGAGGUUCGCGCGUACAAGCCUAACGAAUCACAUGCGUCGCCACACGGGGGAGAAGUUGCAUGAGUGCUGCGCCUGCAAAAAGUCGUUCGUGACUGCGUCGCGGCUCAGGCAACAUGCGCGCACGCACACGGGUGAAAGGCCGUUCAAAUGCUCUCUCUGUUCUGCGCAAUAUACAAAAGAAUCGUGCCUAUUAAAACACAUGAAAAGGCAUGAGAGGGAAAAAAGUAAACACAUAACUAAAAACGAGAAUGUACUCUAUGUUCACAAAGUACCAGUCAUUGUGACGGACAAACUAGUCGUUACCAAAGAAAAUGUUAAGGAAAAUGAUAAAAAUGACCUAACGCUAGAAAUGGCAGGAGACGGGCCUAUAGAAGUUUCUGGAGAACUAAUUUUAGAGGAUGAUAGCAAUGUGAAAACAGAAUUAUUAGUUAUUGAUGAUGGACAGAAUAAUAUAAGGUAUGAAAGCAGUGAAGUACUCAGCACUGAUAAUGGUUACACCAAUGAAGAUAUAAAUAGCAUGAAUAUAGUUACAGUUAAUGAAGGAGCAUUAACUACUUCAGAUAUAUUGGAAGGAACAACAGUUAAGCUGUAUAGAUUAGACCAAAAUUUAGUACAAAUUCACACUACAGGUGACAAAGUUACGAUUAGUAAAAUAUCUAACAAUAUUACUAAUUUUUAGUUUACUAACUUCUAGAAUAUUGAAAGUUCAUGAGUGAACGUUUAUUUUGUCUGUCGUAUUUAUAUUGCGAAUUGUUGUACGAAAAAUGUUAUAAGCAAUAGAAUGUUGAUUUAUUUGAUUAUUAAUUUUGAAUUUAAAUAUAGUAAUAACAAAUAAUGACUAA